CAAUGUGGGCGGGCCGACACCUACUUAAAACGCCAGAGAAAGUCUCCACUGCACCAGAAGUAGCAGCAGGAGCUUAAAUUCCCAGGAAGAGAACUAAGUCUUCAUCGAAGGCCUUAGUUCCGCGCGCUCAUCCUCUUCCUCCCUCCAGCCUUUUGAAGUGCGCGGCUGAACCGACAGACAGGCUCAUCAUGGCUGUGGAUGGAUGUGGAGUCGUGUGCAAAUACAUUCUUGUCCUUUUCAACAUCAUCUUUUCGGUGGUGGGCCUGGCCUUUCUUGCUCUCGGCCUGUGGCUGAGAUUCAGCGAUGGCACCAGAGGAAUCUUCAACGUCGAGGCCCUCAACUCCAGCGCCUUUGUUCUAGGCGUGACCGUGCUGAUAGUCCUGGGCUCCGUCAUGCUGGUUGUGGUGGUGUUUGGAGACUACGGUGCCUGCAGCGAGAAAAGAUGCGCCUUGCAGACGUUCAUCGUCCUCCUUUUCUUCCUGGCUGUGGCUGAAGUGGUUGUUGGAGUGCUCGCCUACACAAGCAGGGAUGAGGUUGGCCGCAGGCUCGGCGAGUUCUACGUCAGCCUGUAUACUCUGUACGCCAACAACAAUGACCCCGCCCUGGCCAUUACGCUCACUUUCAUCCACAACACGCUCCACUGCUGUGGAGUGACUGGAAUCUCCCUGGUGGAGAUCGUUAAGAAGACCUGUCCCAAACCUGAUGGCUUCAUGGAGAGCCUGGUCAUGGCUAAUUGUCCUACAACCAUUUUAAACGUCUUUGACAGAAGGGCGUCGCUGGUGUUGGGCGUCUUCCUGGGAACCGGAGCUCUUCUGUUUGUAGCGCUCAUUUGCAGCGUGACCCUCAAUGCCAAGAUUCGUCAGUCUGCCUCGCCUCCCCAGUACAUAAUCCUGACUCAAUCCACCGCUGCCCUGACUGUCUCCCAGCCGCCUCAGCAGGACUUCGGUUCUCCACCCCACCCGUACCAGGACCCCGUUGUCUUCACCCCCCUGUCUGCAGCAAACAUCCCCAUCCAGGCUUAGCCUUCAGUACCAGCAGCUCUUUCUCUGUCAGUCUGAAAGGAGCAGCAGGGUGUGCUUUCUGUUGUUUUAACCUCUUCUUAGUGCUUUAGUCCGUUAAAUUCAUUCAAAACUCUGUCGGUCUUUCCCCACUUUGUUUUUUAUUUUCCUGAGAGCACGCCUCUCCUUGUUUUCACGCAUUAACAGAUGCGGCGCUGCUUGACGUCUGUGCUUGGUUGUGUGAUUUGGUUGAAACCCUUUAGCUAGGGUGAAAGUUGACUGUUCUGGUGAGUCCCGUGGCUGCUCUUUACCGUCCGGCGUUCUUCUGUGUCCACAUAACAGAUUACUGCCCUGGUCUGCUCCAUCAUUCUCCUGAAGCACAUCAAGAGGAGCCACCACGCCGUUACCACCUACUAUUCCACCGUUUACUGAGGAAGAUUCCUGCACCUCAAAGUCCGUCAGUAAAGAUGCCAAUCGACUGAUCUGUGUUUACAGAGACUUUCAUUUUUAAUGUGAAAAUGUCUUGACUACAGUCUCGGACAGACACAAAAAUCACCUUGAACUAAAUGUUACGCCCUAAAAUAUGAUGUUGAAGCUCACUGUAGGAGCUUUCAUAACUUGAAGUUAAACAUUCAUUUGACAGAAAAAGCUUUAUUUCAGCAGAUCCAUUUCCAGGCCUCCUAACAUUAAAAAAACAACACAACUGUGAACUUUUGAUGUUGGUGCAUUCAGAGAAUUCACUGGAUUAUGCAUGAAUAUUAUUAAAGGGAAAAAGGAUUCAUGGUGAUUGUUCUAAAGAUUUUUGAGCUUUUUUACUGUCAUUUCCAUUAAUAACUUGAAUUUUAAGGUUUUCUGUGCCUUGUAUAAAAUUCCCUUAUCCAUCACAGCAGUGUUGGUGUACUGUUUGGCCCUUCAGCUUAAGUCUGUUUAGUUUUUUGUUUUUUUACAUACUUUUUGAUUAAUUUUGUAUCCACUACCAUCUGUUUGGGUUUGUUUUUUUUAGAGGGACGUUUUAAGGAUUUGAACCAAAACUGUCACUUUUCUAAAGAAUUCUUUGUGCAAGUCAGUCUUUUUUUUUCUACAUUUGUAUUUGAAACACUUCGCUUUACUAAAAGUUUCAUAAACAAACAGCUGAAUGGCUUCAAAUGUGCAUGUUUAGCCUUCCUGACCAAUAGCGGUGUUGUGCUUUGAUAGAAAGACAUGCUUUGUAGCUGUGUGAUCCACGUUUCCAUUAAACUCAUAAAACCCCGCUA